AAUGAUUGUCUAUUUGCAAUUUUGUGCAGAGGCCAGAAAAACAUAGCCUUCUUGAACAUGGGCUUCAUGAUGUUUUAUUUGACUUGGCUUCUUGAUAACGUUCUUUCACACACACAGAAAGUUUAUUUAUUUUAUUUGACGUAAAUGCUGAGUUCAUCACUAUUCACCAAGUCUUUUCUCCUCUACCUCUCUCCAUGUUGUGUCUUCCUUGUUCAAGAUUCUGAUUUACUCAUUCUCUUUUGACAUUACCAAAAUCAAGAAAAGAAAAGACUAUUCCUAAGUCGCACCCACGUUCCCAUUUGCCCACAUUUCAUGGGUAUAGUAGUAUUACAGCUUUCAUGUUCCAAGAUGCCUACCUCUAAUUCAGGAAACCCCCACCAUUUCUGGUUUAACAGGUAAGUCUAGUUUUUGAACUACUAACAUUGCAUUCAAUUUGAAAGAUCUGGGUCUGUCAAAGUUUUCCUCAACUGUUGAUGCAUUCUCAUUUUCUCUUUGGAAUCUGUUGAUUUGGGUUGUUAACACUUUUGAUUUUAGGGUUUAAUUAGGACUAGUUUUGACUUGAAAGGCUAAUUCUUGACCAAUAUUAUAUUGCCACUUAAAUUUGAGGCUUUCAUACAGACAGUAGUAGUAAGGAUUUAGUUUUUGGGAAGUUGCAUUCUUGGAUCAAAGGCUGGAUUUUUGGCUAUUUGCGUGCAAAUAAGGCGUUUUGACAAAUGCCAAUGUGGAAUUUGGAUGUUUACUGUAUAAUUCUUGAUCAGAAUUGAGACAAACAAAAAUAACAACAUACCCAGUAUAAUCCCACGCUUGGGGUCUGGGAUUCUUGAUCAGAAUUGAAACCUUUACUGAAAAUGGCUUCUCCAGAUUCUUCCCCUUCUCUUGUUCCACUUCCAGAUCUUCCUGGAGCUCCACCUUCAAAUUCUAGCUCUAAUACACCUCCUUCUCCACCUGAUUCUUCAGCUCCACCUACUGACUCUCCUUCUCCACCAGCUCCUGCUUCUCCUCCUCCAUCAGAAUCAAAAGCACCACCUCCAGCAGAAUCUCCUCCACCUCCAGUAGAAUCUCCUCCACCUCCUUCACCCCCUCCAUCUAUAGCAGCCGCGCCACCACCUAAAGUAUCUCCACCACCAAAGGCGUCACCAUCACCACCACCACCUGCCCCUAAGGCUCCUCCACCUGCUAAUGCACCACCUCCAGCUUCAUCUCCGCCCCCACCAUCCGUAGAUUCUCCUCCUCCUGCCCCUCCUGUUUCCCCCCCUCCCCCUCCAGCAGUUUCACCUUCUCCUCCACCACCACCACCAGUGAAACAUCCAUCACCACCCCCUGCUUCUCCACUGAAAAACUCCCCUCCACCUAUUGCAUCAACACCACCUCCAGCCUCAUUGCCAUCUGCUCCUCCACCGGUCCCCUUAACAUCUCCACCCCCUUCUAUUUCCCCUCCUGCUCCAGCUCCCACUAAUAAUACAUUUCUACCUGGAGCUCCCCCUCCAUUACCUGUGCCUAGCCCUCCUACAGAAAAGCCCACUGCUAAAGCAACCACCCCGAACACUGCUAUCAAUGCAGAUUCAAGUUCUAGAAAUGGUGGCGGGGGAAAUAAGACAGGAGGUGUGGUGGCAAUUGGUGUUGUUGCUGGGUUUUUGGCUCUUAGCUUGGUGAUUCUUGCUGUGUGGUUUACACGGAGGCGAAAGAAAAGAGAGAGUGCAUUUAAUCUCAAUUACAUGGCACCCUCUCCAUUUUUUUCCUCACCAAAUUCAGAUACAUCAUUCCUGAGAUCAAGGUCCCAACAUUCUACUUAUCUAGCUGCAACCGGCUCGCAAAGCAAUUUUAUGUACUCUCCAGACCAUGGCGGUAUUGGAAAUUCAAGAUCAUGGUUCACAUAUGAAGAAUUAUCUGAGGCAACAAAUGGUUUUUCUUCUGACAGUGUUUUGGGUGAAGGUGGGUUCGGAUGUGUUUACAAAGGUGUUCUUAGUGAUGGAAGAGAAGUCGCUGUCAAACAGCUGAAAAGUGGAAGUGGACAAGGGGAACGUGAGUUCAGAGCAGAAGUUGAGAUUAUCAGCCGUGUACACCAUCGUCAUUUGGUUUCACUUGUUGGCUACUGUAUCUCAGAGCAGCAAAGGCUACUUGUCUACGACUAUGUGCCAAACGACACGCUUGACUAUCACCUUCAUGGUAAAGGCAGGCCAGUUAUGGAUUGGGCUACCCGAGUAAAAGUAGCUGCUGGUGCAGCACGUGGACUUGCUUAUCUGCACGAAGACUGUCAUCCCCGCAUUAUCCAUAGGGAUAUCAAAACAUCAAACAUUCUCUUGGAUAUCAAUUUUGAGGCACAGGUUGCAGAUUUUGGGCUUGCAAGGUUAGCAGGUGAUGCCAAUAAUACACACGUGACAACUCGUGUGAUGGGAACCUUUGGAUACUUGGCACCGGAGUAUGCAUCUAGUGGAAAAUUAACAGAGAAGUCUGAUGUUUAUUCAUACGGCGUUGUGCUUUUGGAGCUUAUUACGGGGCGGAAGCCUGUUGACCAAUCUCAGCCCUUAGGUGAUGAAAGCCUGGUUGAAUGGGCUCGUCCUUUGCUUGCUCAAGCACUUGAGACUGAAAAUUUUGAUGAUAUAGUAGAUUCUAGGCUUGAAAAGAACUAUGUUGCGAGUGAGAUGUUCCGGAUGAUUGAAGCAGCUGCAGCUUGCGUGCGUCAUUCAGCCUCUAAGAGGCCUAAGAUGAGUCAGGUGGUUAGAGCUCUAGAUUCCAUGGAUGAGCUGUCAGAUCUGUCCAAUGGAAUGAAACCUGGGCAAAGUGGAAUUUUUGAUUCAAGAGAACAAUCUGCACAGAUAAGAAUGUUUCAAAAGAUGGCCUUUGGAAGUCAAGAAUACAGUUCAGAUUUCUUCAAUUACUCCCAAGGCAGCAGCUAUAAGAGUUGAGUUCUCAAUUGGGUUAUCAUCAAAAGUCGCCAUUGUGUUCCCACUUGGUGCAAAAUCAUAGCAAUUCGCACCGACGAGUUGUUUCUCACAAUCUUCGAAUGAAUUUCCCACUGGGAGAUUGACCUGUAAAUCACUGUGCUAUUCUUUUUUCGGCUAGCGUGGAAAUCUGCGUUCUUUUUUACUCAGUUUUGUUGUUUUUAUUAGAUUACGAGGCAAACAAAUGGUUUUGUAGCAUUCCGAAAUUCAACAUUCUAUUCGUACAAUGUAGAUAUAUUAAUCAAGGGUCGUUUGACUUAAAA